CAGGAAUCUCAGCCACUGGAUGGAGCAGCAUGCGGUUAUGAACGAUGCAGGGAAUUUUCUUAUUGAAACCUGUGAUGAAACCGUGUCACUUGAUCUCAAGCAACAGCUGCUUCUUCUAAAUGGACGAUGGAGGGACCUUUCCUCAAAGUCAAACAAUAUGCUCGUGCAGAUGAGUUGGAGAAGUGGAGGAAGGAUCAUCUAAAGGCUAUUUCAGCUUUAAAAGAACUACUUGACACAGCAGAGUCUAAACUCAGUGCCUCUGUUCAUGUGUCUUUCCUCAAUGUAAGAGCAUUUUUACAGGACGUGGAGAAUACAAAGCAAAAGGUUGUUGCCAUGGAGACGCAAUACAAGUUGGCUGCCCGUAGUGCUCAGCUUCUUGCCAAGGAUGCACCACAGGAUGAGGCUGCCAGGGUCAUGGCAACUAUGGCAACGGCAAAAAGUCAGCUGAGUAAAGUCAGAGAGCGGUGUCCGUCCCUGGUGAGAGAGUGUCAUGUCCUUCUGCCGCUCUUAGAGGAGAUGGAGAAACACAUCACUGCUUUCUACCAGGCCCUGGAACGGGCCAGCUGCAUCACAUCUGCAGACAGAGACCCAGAUGUAUCAGCUCAGACCCAACACAAACAGAAGUGGCAGGAUUUGCUAAACCAGCAGCAAAGCUGUAAACGUUGUCUGUCAAUCAUUGAGAGGAACCACCACACCCUGCAGAGGGCGCUCUCCACCAGCAAGGUGCUUCGAAACUUCAACCUGUCCAUGCUGCAGAAGAGAGUCACUGAUAUACAAGUUUCAGCACAGACUCUGCUAAAGGAGGUUGGGGAAUGGAAGAGGCAAGAAGAGGCCAACAGCUGCCUGAGGAGGAGGUUUGAGGAGUCACGGCAGGAGCUGGAGAGAGUGCUGAAAAAAGCUCAGGGUUGCUUGAGAGAGACCGGAGAACCAGAGGAGCUACUGAAAAAACACUCUGACUUUUUUGGCCAACUGGACCAGCGGGUUCUGAGUGUGUUUCUGAAGGCGUGUGACGAGUUGACCGACAUCCUUCCAGAGGAGGAGCAACAGCGACUGCAGGAAACUGUCCGCAGGCUUCACAAACACUGGAAGGACAUUCAGAGCGAGGUACCGACUCACCUCCUGCGUCUCAAAGUGGAGGUGGAGCGAAGUCGAGUGGCUGUGAUCCUACAAGACUGUCGGGCUGAGCUGGACAGAGAAAUACAAGCCCUGUCUGGAACCUGCACCAGCGAACGAGUGAUCAAAGAGCACAGAAGUUUCUUCAGGGAACGCAAACCUCUGACUUUGUGCGAGAAGAGGAUUAGGAACAUGGAGGAUCUGUGUCAGAGGCUUCCUGACAAUGACACGGCUUACAGAGUGCUCGACUCCACCAGGAGGGCUGUCGAAGAGGUUACAGAGCAAAUCCAGAGCACCUACCUCAAACUGGAGCAGCACCCCGAUAAAUGGAAAGAGUGGAAUGAGAGGUUCUGUGAGCUUUCUGAUUGGCUUUCUUCUAAGAGGAGGCAGAUGAGACUCUUGAAAGAGUCUGUGAGAAACUCCAAAGACCAAGAGCAGUUGGACACUGCUGUUCAGGCGUUACAGGAAGCAGUAGAUGCCCAAGAGGAAAGCCUCUUGUGGCUAAAGAGUCGUUUGUCUGGACUGUCUGAGGUCAGCUCUGAACUGGAGAUUCAGAGACAGAGAACAGCUCUGACCAAACUCUCCACCAACCUGAGAACUCUUUUUUCAUCUCUCUGCCAGUGGGAUGAGGAGGGCUCUAUGUUCCAGUAUGAGGAGCUGAGGGAGGAGGUGCACAGUGCUCUGGAGGAAGUCCUGAAAUCACGAAGGGAGGCUGAGGAGCAGAUCAACAGGAUCCUGGAUGCUGAGGAUCUGGAGGAGGCCAAACAGCUUUAUCUUAUUCACCAGCAUCACCUAAAGCGCCUGUAUGCUAACCGAAGAGAGGCGGAGCUUCUGGUGUCCCACUGCCGCCAGCUGCAAAAAGGGGAGGGGCUUAGCCAGUCUGUACGUGAACUGGAGGGAGCAUUCAGAGACAUUGACUCUAAAGCAGAAGCGAAGGAGCGCAGCCUCCAGGCCACUCUGAGCUCCUGGCAGACUUUUGAAACACAAAGAGAAAUGGUUUGGAGAUCUAUUAGCAAUACCAGCAAUGAGCUGCACAAAGAGCUCAUUUUCAACAGCCUGGACAGCCUAAGAAUCGAACUGGAACACAGCAAGGAGCUAUUCACCAGGGUUGAGGAGUUUUCUGUGCAAGCUGAUCUCCUUCUGGAGAAAGCAGCUGAUAUUCAGCUCAGUCCAAAAACUCAGACUCUUCUUUUACAACAGGCUCAGUCCACCAGAGAAGCAGUCACACAGCUGCAAGACCAGCUCAAUAAGACUGUUGUCCAGCUGGAGAUGAUGUGUUUGUGGUGGCAGCGCUUCAGCAGCGAAUCAGAGGCCUUCUCGUCUUGGAUCUCUGAGAAAGAGAAAGAGCUGGAGGCUGUGAACCCCACCUCCUCCUUAGAUCCACUGGAUAAAAAUAUCAGCGCUGUGGAGGCUGUGGCUGAAGGUUUAGAGGAAAGAAGAACAACCCUGGCUCACAUGGAGGAGGACUGCAAGGCCCUGUCGAAGUUUGUGACCCCCGGAGAGGCUGGGCGCAUUCGGGCACGUCUUACACAGAUGAGGCGCUUUUGGGAAGAGUUGAAGGGGAGGGUGGAGCAGCUGAGUGGACAGCUCCACCAGAGCGCCACCUACAGGCAGAGAUACAACGAUAAUCUGGAACAGAUCAAGAAAACAAUGAGUGAGCUUAAACAGAAGAUAGACUGUCCCAUCAGCAACUGUAUAUCAUCCUCGGAAACCUACAAAAACCUGCAGGAUCACAUGGAAGUCUGCCAGGCUGUUGAGCAGUUGAAACCCCGGCUGAUGGCUUUGUGUUCAGCAUUGAAGAGGCUUGGAGAGGGUGUCCAACUGGAGGAAGAGGUGGCCAACCUCCAGAAACAACAAGCAGAGUUUAUAGGAAAGGCCGCAGAAAAGCAAUCUACAUUAGAGAGCCUUUUAGCACUGUGGCAAAGAUUUGAGAAGGAGAGCUUGUCCAUGAGAAGCUGGUUGGGCAGAUGUGAGUCUGUUUGCUGUCCAGACACAGACCUACUUUCUGCAGACAAAGUGAAACUGAGAAAUGAACUGCAGAAUGUUCAGGACAUGCAGAAGGAGACAUCGUCCUAUGAGGCUCUCCUUUUUGGUCUGUUGAAUCUCGGACUGUGUCUGUCCCCCACAGCACCUGAACCUCGUGUCCAAGAACUUAAUAAUAAUCUCACAGAACUACGGGAAAGAGGCGAUUCUCUGAAAAACAGCAUAUCACAAAGGCUUAAGCUGCUGGAGUCACAGCUGUCACAGCUGGAGUCGUUUGACCAGGAAUUGCUGAGCGUGACCCAAAGCAGUGAACGAUUCCUGUCUGACUUGAGGAGCACAUCCCUGGUUGAUAUUGCUAAUCUCGAGGCUGCAGUUAAUAAGCUCAAGGAACACGAGGCACACUUGCAGGAAUUUGCAUCGCUGAGAGAAACUCUACAGCAGAAGGAGUCCUCGCUGCUUCUGUCGUCCACACCAGAGGCCCAGCAGCAACUCCAGGGCUGGAGGGAAGACUGCUUACAACCACUCAGUGAAUCCCAGCGUCUUUUGUUCCUCCGUAAAGAGUGCCUAACUGAGUUAAAGACUUUCCUUGAUAAACAUGGAGCUGCGUCUCAGGCUGUUCGUCACCUCCACGAGUCUGUGGAAGGCAGAGGGAGCUGGGAUCGCUCCAAAGCUGAAGAGCUGCAUCACGGAAUAGGAGAAGUGGCUAAAGAUGUGGCACGGCUUGAAGCUGAGGCUGUGGGAUUGGAUGGUCAACUAAGCAAGGCCCACCUUCACCUUUGUGGGGCAGAAUGGAGGGCCUCCAAGGAUGUGAGCCAUCCUCAGGGAAGAACGUCCUGCAGGAGCCAAGCUGUGGCUCUCACAAUGGCUUUGGAGGAGGUGCAAAGAGGUGUAGGGUGGAGGCAAAGUGAAGCAGAUGCUUUAGGUGCCCUGUGGAGCUCCUUCAGGGAGAAGAGGGAGGACGUGAUGAAGAGUUUGAACACAAUGGAAACUGAAGUAAAACAAGAGAGGGCAAGAGAGAACACUGUACUGGCUUUUCAGAACCGGCUGCGUUUCUUCAUCCAGCUGGAGGAUGAGCUCCAGUCCCUGCAGCAUUCCCAGCAGUGGCUCGAGGAGAAAGGCAACCAGCUGGCCCAGAGAGACAGCGAGCUGGCUGGGGAGGCUCUCAGGGAGGUGGCAAUGGUGAAGUCCACCUGGGAGACUGUCAGAACUCUGAUUACAAACGGUCAGGAGCAGAGUGGAGUUGUGGUGAAUCUUCUCCGUCAGUUUCAUCACCUGAAAUCAGUGCUCAGUGCCGCAGUAGAGAAUGCACAGGCUGUUGCUCACAAUCUGCCCGACCAUAACCACAAUGCUCAGGAGGCCAAACGGACUUUCACACGGCAUGAGACAGUCCAAGUAAACCUGAGAGAAAAACAAGAAGACAUGGAUCUGCUCAUCAGCAUGAUGGAGGACUUGCAGAGGGAGCUGGACGAGAUUCCAAACUCAGAUACAGGCUCCAUUCAGAGAGAAAUGGAGGCGCUAAGAGACCAGUGGUUAGAGGUUUCAGAGAGAAUUCAAACCAACACAGAGCGAUUAGGUUACUGCGUGGCGCUUUGGGACGAUCUCAAAACUAUGGAGCAGGACAUCAACCAAUGGAGCGCCACAUCUAUCGCUGAUCUCACCGACAGUGUCACCAAUCUCAGUGACAAGGAGAAGACGGAAACCCUUCUCGCCACCUUUCAGGCUGAGGUUGAGAAACGGGAGCAGAGGCUGGAUAACCUGCAGGAGAGAGUGACAGAGCUGAAGGACAGAGCCAAACUGCAGGAAACUCCAUUGCAAAUGCAGGUCCUAGAGUCAGACCUGAGAAAGAAAAUGGCCCAUGCACAGGAGGUGUACAACCAGGCCAAACACACCCUGACCUACUUCAGUUUCCAGAAACAGCGACUGGAGGACCUCAUGUCCCAGAUGGCCGAGCGGUUGGAGGCAGUAGAGGGCUCCUUAUCCGACCUCACUGAAGCCACUUCUCCUGAAGACAUUGGUACAGUGAAGGACCUGCAGAGUGUUGUUCAGCAACAGAGGGCAGACAUGGACUCAGCAAGAGAUGCUCUCAGUGCCUUGUGCAGGUCACAUCCCUCUCAGGAGCUGUCACGCCUCUCAUCUGACCUCACCUCCAUCGCCAAGCGAACAGAGGCUGUUGCUCAGCGUUGUGCCAAGACCAGGGGUAACCUUCAAGAUGGGCUACAGCUCCACUUCAAUGAGCUUGUCCAAGUCUUUCACUCCUGGCUGAAGGAUCAAAAGGUGGAGCUAAAAGAGUGUUGCAGCCAAUCAGGAGAUGCUGCUGCUCUGAAAGCAAAGUUGCACAGGCUGAAGGUGUCAGUAGAGAAGACAGCAGAGGGUGAGAAGCGUCUCUCUCAGGUUCGUGAAGAAGCUGAGAGACUUCAGCUUCACCUGUCCAAAGCUGGAGCUGCACAGGUCCAAGAGCAUCUGUCUACAUGUCAAAGAGAGUGGAGGAAUUAUCUGGACAGCUGCUCUCAGUGCCAGCAAGACCUGGAUGAGAGUGUCAACCUCUUGAGAAAUUUUGAUGAGUGUGUGGAGGGUAUCAGAGACUGGCUGAAGCAGAUGGAGCUCAGCCUGAAGAAUGAGUCUGGUCUUGGGGCCGAGAGCCAGCAAGGAACCCCUGACACCACUGAGGAGCUGGAGAGGAUGGAAAACCUCCAUAGGGAGCUGCUCGAAAGAAGGGAGUCUAUUGAGCGUCUCUGUCAGGAGGCCCAGUCUCUGUCAGAAGCAGGCCGGGGGUCAGGAGGAGAGGUCAGAGUGACUGGCCAGCUCCAUAUGGAGCACCAGGCCCUGCUGAAGGAGGCCAGGGAGCGGCUGAGAGGCUGCCAGGAGAGCCAGGCAUUUGGGGAGACCCUCCAGGGAGUUUGGGCCUGGCUGGAGGAGAUCCAGGAGAGACUGGGGACGGUCGACAGCACCAUGGGGACCAAAGAGCAGUUAGAGCAGAGACUGGAGACGGUGCAGGAUAUCCUGCUUUUGAAGGGGGAGGGAGAAGUCAAGCUGAAUAUGACCAUGGGUAAGGGCGAGUUGGCUCUGCGCAGUUAUGGAGCUGCUGGACAGGAAGUGGUCCGCUCUCAGCUUCAGGAAGUGGAGGAUGCUUGGGCCACGUUGCUUGUGACUGCCAUGAGCUGCCACAGUCGAUUAGAGUGGACGGUGUCACAGUGGGGUGGAUACCUGGAGAGCGCUGCCCAGCUGCGGUGCUGGAUGGAGGCUGUUGAGAGGGAGGUGUGCGCCCCUCUCACCCCUCAGCCGGGCCCCAGAGAAAAGGCCUCCCAGCUGGACAGACUGAGGGCUCUGCUGGCAGACUUGGAGGACCACCAGGUGGCGCUGUCCAGCCUGGAAGAAAAAGCUAGAGAACUCUUCAAGAAAACUGGAGAUGCCAGCUUUAAUCAUGGAGCCCGUACACAGCUGCAGGCACAGUUUGAUGACCUCACAGCUUUGGUGGAGGAGCGAGUACGUCUUUCUCAGACUGUAGUGUUGGAACACCAGCAGUACCUGGAGGCUGUUAGAGAACUCACUGACUGGCUGAUGACAGCAGGAGAGGAGCUACAGCACUGGUCUGAUACAUCUGGAGACUCUGCAUCCAUCAAGAGGAAACUGUCAGAAGUGAGAGAGCGCGUGGAGUGUCGGCUGUUGGAGGGCCGUGAGCGCCUCAGCAGGGUGCGUCGGAGUGCAGCGUCCACAGCAGAGCACACGGCGGCAGGAGGCUGUGAGGCCAUGGACCGACAGCUGGGGGCGCUGUCCCAAGCCCUGGAGCAGUGGGAGGGGGCCGCCCUGAGGGCCAGAGAUGGCUUGGAAGGGGCCCUGGCUUCUGCUGCAGCUUCAGAGGAGGAGUAUGAAAGUUUGACGGCACGUCUGGAGGACGAGUUGAAGGAGCUGGACGCACGGCUGAGGGGGUGGAGCCAGGAGUUAAUUAAAGCAGAAGGGCGGAGCAAUGGCAAGGAGGCAGUGGAGGGAUGGCAGCUGGCUAAGGAUAUACUAGAGGGCUUGCAGAGCGCUGAGCCGAUGGCAGAGAAGUUGAAAAGCCAACUGAACGACCUGGUGCGAUACUCCAGAGACUUGGGAUCACAGUCAGACCGAGUCACUGCACUCAUCAAGCAGCACAACAGUCUCAGUCUUCGUGCAUCCAGGGAGUGUCAAAAUAAAGAGCGCUUGUUGGAGCAGAGGUUCAGAGCAGCCCUGAGAGACUUCCAGCAGUGGCUGGUCAACGCCAAAAUCAGCACCGCCAAAUGCUUUGAUGUGCCACAGAGUGUCGCAGAGGCCUCCACUGCCCUGCAGAGGAUCCAAGAGUUCUUGAGUGACAGGGAGCAUGGCCAGGCCAGACUGAGUACAGUAGGAGCCAGCGGGGAGCUGCUGAUGGCGGUGGUGUCCAAAGACAGAGUGGAGGGAAUCAAGGCCAAGGUGGCAAAUGCAAGAGAGGACUGGAAGAGCCUGAUGAAUAACUUACAAAUGAGGGAGGAUGCGCUCAAGAACCUGCAGUCUCAGAUGACAGAGUUUGAGGCCAGUGCUGAACCUCUGCAGGACUGGUUGAACAACACAGAGGUCAGAGUCCAGGAGAGCAGCGCUCGGCUUCAUGACCUCCCCGCCAAGAAACAGGAGCUCUGUAAAUUGCAGUGUGUGCUGGAGGAGAUGGCCAGUCGGGAGGCAGAGCUGGGCAGGCUAAGGGAAAGCGCUCACCGUCUCUGGGAGGGACAGGCAGCCGGCAAAGGCUUCGUCCACCGUGUAUCCCAGCUGUCAGCACAGUACCUUGCACUCAGCAACUUAACCAAGGACAAGGCCUCCAGGAUCGAGCGCAUCGUGGGGGAACACCGCCUUUUCUCUCAGGGUCUUAAAGAGCUCCAGGACUGGGUGUGUGAAGCUCAGAGGGUCCUCAGCACCUGCAUCUCCGCCACCACCGAUAAGGGCGUGUUGGAGGACAGGAUGUUGCAGCUGGAAGCUUUGUUGGCUGCACGUCAGGAAAGGGAGAUCCAACUAAAAAUGCUGCUAACAAGGGGAGAAGCAGUCCAGAGAAACACUUCAGCUGAGGGGGUUCCAGUGAUUCGCAAACAGAUCCAGGACCUAAAAGACUCAUGGGACUCCCUGCUCUCUGCCUCCAUCCAGUGUAAAAGUCAACUAGAGGGCGCUCUGUCGCAGUGGACCAGCUACCAAGAAGAUGUGGGUCAGUUUGUGCUGUGGAUGGACCGAGUGGAGGAGACGCUUAACUGCUCUGACAGACAGUAUUCUGAGAUGAGAGACAAGACUGCAAACCUGGGAAAGACCAAGCUUCUCUAUGAGGAGGUACUGAGUCACAGUAGUCCUCUGGAGACCAUCGCCACAAAGGGCUCUAAUAUGGCUGAACACUGCACGACCCAACAGGAGGUGCAGCAGCUGCAAUGUCGAUACAAUGCCCUUAAAGAAAAGGCUAAGAAUGCAGUCGGUAAGGCCAAGGGGCUGGUGCUGGUCCACCAGGAGUAUCAGAGGGGGUUACAUGUGUUUGAGGACUGGCUGGAGCAGGAACAGGCCACUCUGGCCUCAUUGUCCCACCCAGAAGGAAACGUGGAUACACUAGAGAAAACUCUGCAACAGCUACAGUUACUGCAGGAUCGCUGCUCAAAGGGCCAGUCUUUGCUCUCUUCUGUGCUGACAAGUAGAGAACGAGUAAUUCCCUGGGGUAUACCUCAGAUCGAGGACAGGGCUCUGGACACUGCUCAGAGAGAGUGGGGGGCUUAUCAGGGCCGCCUAGAGGAGACUCAGGCCCAGUUAAGUGCCACUUUAUCCAGACUGAGACAAAUGGGUCAAAGGUUCCUGAGUCUGGCUCACUGGUUGGAGGAGAUGGAGAGGGUGGCAAACAUCAGACGUCAUCGAAGGUCAGACAGAACCACUAAGGAGACUCAUCUAAAGAAGCUACAGGGGUGUCUUGAGGCAGUGCUCACAAGGCAGGAGGAAGUCGAUGGUCUCUCGCCGCUCGCCCAGCAGGUUCUGGAGGAAACCUACAUCAGUAGUCGUGUCAGUGUUACUGCCACGCAGCUCACUGCUCGUUACCAUUCCCUGCUGCUCAACAUCCAGGACACUAUCAAACAUCUGCAGGAGGAGCUGAAGAGCAUUGAAGAGGCAGAAAACCUUUGCAUGUCCUUCACUGACUGGCUCAGCUCGACUCAGAAAAGCUUCACAGCGUUAACUGACUGCUCGGAACCUCUGGACCGGAUUGCUAUGGAGAAGAAGAUGAAAAAAUUAGAGAUUCUCCAGUCUGAGCUCCAACAUGGUCACAGUUUCCUGAAGUCCCUGAGGGAGCGGGCAGAGCAGGCGGCAGGCUUUCUGAACGAGGCUGGUGCUGAGAUGUUAGGAGGGGAGGUGGAGGCUCGGCUCGCCCAGCUGGAGGAGCUCGCCAGUGGUUUAAGGCAGGAGCACAGUUUUCUGGAGCGGGCAUUACUGCUGGCAAAGGAGUUCCAGGACCGUUACAAGGCCCAGGCCCAGUGGCUGGUGGAAAUCAGGGCUGUGCUGAACAGCCCUGUGGAAACCAAGGCUGAACUGUACCAGCGGAGAGCACAGCUGGCUAAGUACAAGGCAUUGUUGCAGAUGGUUCAGUCCCAUGAUGGAUCCAUCAGGUCGGUGGUGGAGAAAGGUGAUGCUCUGUUGGCUUCUGUCCAUUACCCCUCCAUCAGAGACAGAAUGAACAGACUGCAGAAUGACUACACUGAGCUGUGUAACACCGCCAUGGCCCAUGUGGAGAAUCUGGAAGCCCAAGUAAAGGAACAGGAAGCUUACCACAAUGAGCUUCAGGAAGUGGAGCGCUGGCUGUUACAGAUGUCCAGCAGGAUGGUGACCCCUGACCCCACAGUGGGGGGCAGCCUGGAGGCCGCCACACAGCAGCUGGCCAGACACAAGAGUUUUACCUCUCAGACAGAACUGCACCACACUAUGAAUAGUGAAGCCAUCAUGGAGGAAAUAGCAGGCUUUGAGGACCGCUUGGCAGGUCUGAAGGAGCAAGGAAACCACCUGGUACAAGGCUGCAGUGACCGCAUGCAGAACAGGCUGAGACAGCAGGUCCAGGCUCACCAGCAAGGCACCAGAGACAGCUACUCCGCCAUCUGUAGCACAGCACAGAGAGUUUAUCAGAGUCUGGACCAUGAAUUGCAGAGGCAUGUUAGUCUGCAAGAUACCCUGCAGCAGUGCCAGAGCUGGCUGACCUCUGUCUCAGAUGAACCAGAGCCUCCCACACAUUCUCCUCUCAGUCUGGAGGAGGCGUUACAGCAGGUUAAGCAGGAGCGGGCUCUCCAGGAACAAGCCAGCACUUACCUCCAACUGGUGUGUUCGGCCUGCGACCUGUCAGAGCCGAGGGUCAGGGAGACGGCAGCAGCUAUUCAACAGGUCAAACUGCAGAUCGAGGAUCGUAUGAUGCUUUGUGAGGAAGUUGCCGACAGCUGGAGGGACGCUGAGGAGCAGAAGGCAGAUUUGGAAGUUCAGCUCAGAGAGACUGAGCAGCAGCUCCAGAGUCUCACCAGGAGACCUGCUGAACUGGAGCAGAAGAUUGCACAGAACCAGCUGGAUAAAGCACAGGAGUUCCUCCAGCAGAUUAGGGAGAGGCAGUCUGAGGUAAGCCAUUUGAAUGAAGCCAUUUGUCGGCUGACAGACGGACAGAACUCCCCUGUCCUAGAGGAGAUAAGGAGACUCAGGAAGAGCUGGAUGGAACUGGGCCAGCGGGCUGAAGAGCUGGAGGCCCAGAGAGGGGAGGACAUGCAGAGGAGUGGGGAGUACCAGGAGAGUGUGGUGGCUGUGGAGGAACUUUUCCACCAAGUAUCCAGGGAGUGGGACUACCUCGCCAGGGCAGACACAGAAAGUACAAGUGAGCACCUGGAGGCUCUGAGGAAGCUGUUCAGUGAUCUAGAGGAACAGAGAACAACUUUAGAAGAGCUCAGGGACCAGAGACAAGCUAUUCUGCCUCGACUUAGCCUGUUGGACAAGGAGCUGGUCAAACAACAGGUGGGUCACCUGGAGCAGCGCUGGGCUCAACUCGAAGCCCUGAUUCAACAGAAGAUCCAGGACUCUGCUCAGACACUAGAGGAUCUGGCACGGGUUGAAACCCAGUUGAGGGAAGCACGGGAGUGGGUGGAGGAGCAGCGGCCUGCCCUAACCUCUGCACUGAAAAGCAGCCCUCCACCUGAUCUGGCCCAGAGCUUCCUGUUUGACCAUCUGAGUGUGUGUGUAGAACUGGAGGCUCGUCAACAGCUGUUGGGUCAAGCGGUGAGCGAGGCCCAGGCAGUAACUGUAAGGUUGGGGCUGAGUGAGAAAAGAUGUCUGCAGGAGCUCGUUGAACACGCUCAGACGGAGGUGGAGGCUCUAGGGGCUCGGGUAUCCCAAAGGAGGAAGUACCUGAGUAAGGCCUUCACAGAGAGGACACAGUUCCUUCAAGGCCUGGGUAGAGCACUGUCUUGGGUGCAGCAGCAGGAGAGGAAGGUUUUGAUAGAUGACCACAUCGCACUCCUCCCUGAAGACCUGACCAAACAGGUCGCUGCGUGUCGGGGGGUCCAUAGUGGCUUACGGGCGUACCAGAGGGAGCUAGCAUCUCUCUGGACACAAGGACGAGAGCUAGAGAGAGAUGCCACAGACAAAGAGAGAGAAGAAACUCUGGCAAAACUUCAGGAGCUACAAGCAGUCUUUGAAGCAGCCCUUCAGAGAACGACACAGCGACUCACAGACUUGGAAAAAGCCUUAACCUCUCGGAAAUAUUUCCAAGUUGACCUGGAUAAGACUUGCCACUGGUUGAGACAAGCAGAUGCCAUAACCUUCCCUGAAAUCACUUUUAGCAAUGUUGAUGAUAGCUUGGAGCUGCAAACACAACUCUCAAACUUUCAGAAGGUCCUAGAACAAGCUUCAGAGUAUGAGAACCUUCUCCUUAUAGUCCAAAGAAUAGGUCAGGAGAUUCUUCCUACUCUGAAUGAGAUUGACCAUUGCUACCUUGAUGAGAGGUUAAAUGCCUUGCCUCAGCAGUACAACACCAUCUUAGCUCUAGCCAAAGAGAAAAAAGACAGAGUCCAACAAAUCAUCCUGGAGAGAAAAGAGUUCAGCACUUUCUUUGGUAUCACUCGUAAUGCACUUGAGGAGCUCCAGGAGCAGUUUGACAAUCUGGACAAGCAGACUAUCAGAAUCAAUGAAGAGGAUGUUUUACGUCUAAUAAAUGAACACAGAAAUAUUAAAGAGAGUUUAUUCCAUAUUAGCCCUGCUGUAAGAGAACUUAAUGGUAAAAAUGAGAUGUUUAUCAGUAGGGGUCAGCAAUACAGAGCUGAGGAGACGCAGCAGCUGAUCAGCCUUCACAAUGCACUGAAGAGGAAAAAUGAUGAGAGACUUAAAGACUUAGACGACUGCUUGAAAACAGUAGUUGAACAUAAUGGAGUGUUAGAGAAGUUGGAUUCAGAGUUGAAGUCUGUGAAUGAGAAACUCAACAGACUAAAAUCAGACAGAGAAACAGAUGCCAUGGAUAACAUCGCAACCCUUUAUUUGCUGCUGGAACAUCUGAACUGUGUGAACUUUCAGACUGAAGAAUGUAACCAACACACUAAAGGCCUUGAUCUGAAGUUUGAUCCCACUGCUUUUCAGACAGUUACCUCACAGCUUGAAUCACUGCAAUCUGCACAGUACAAAAUUAAAUGUUUUAUUGAAGAAAAAGAGAAAGAUAUUGCAAAGAAUGAGGAUGUCACAAAGGAUUAUGACAAAGUAUUGGAGUGGUUGAUGACUUUAAAGGUCAGACUGGAGGAGCCUUUGACACUUUCUGAGGUCACAGUUAAACAGGUACAAGAGAAAGUGAGGAGACUGAAAAUCGUGGAAGAGGAAGUAGAAAGUGCUCUGAGGUUAACCAAUGUGUUGGCCAGUAGGGGAAAGCAAGUUUCUCAAGUCAAUGUAGAAGAGAAGCUACAGAAACUGGCAACGCUGGAAGCAGAAAUUCAACAAGAACGGAGCAAAAAACAGCUGGCUGUGGAUCAAGCUCUUUCCUUGGUCCAGAGGCACUACUUAUCUGUGCAGUCUGUGCAGAAAUGGCUUGGCUGUGCUGCAGCUUUCCUCCAGAGAGCCAGCUCUGGAGUGGAGCUCGACAACCAGACAGAUUGUAUCCGGGAUUUGGAAGAAAUUUCAGCUCAGGAAAAGAGCUUCACAGCUGCCUUAGAAGAGAUGAGGACUUUGGAUCCUCUGCUGGUGGAAUUUGUAGAACCAGGAGCCAUGAGCAAAAUCAGAGAAGAUGUUGUGGAAAUGAAGCUCAGAAACAAAGAAGUCAAACAACAACUGAAUGUGCACAAAGAGAAACUACAGAGGUGUGCAGCUCUGUGGGCCUCCUUCCAACAUGAGAAGGACAAAGUGGUUGAACAGAUGAAUGACACAGAGAACAAGAUGGCUACAUUCACAACAGCCAAGGCCGUCAGUAUGCAACAGGCCGAGGACAAGUGUCAGCGCUAUAAGUCUCUGAUGGCUCACAUCGACCUGUUGGAGUUGCAUUUAAACGCUGUGAGAGAGAAAGCAGGAGAGUUAGAGCAGAUCAUUUCUGAAUCUAGCACAGUUGUGACCAGUCACUGUGUCUCAUCACUAUGGCAACGUUGGACCAAACUCUGCAGUGUGGCCCGGGUCCAGGAGAGGGCGCUGGAGGACACUGUGAGGGAGUGGAGGAACUUCACAGAAAAGAUGGAGAAGGUGCGCUCUGUGUCCAAGGACCUCCACAGCCGUGUUCCAGACAGCACGGUUGAGAAGGCAGCCACCAGAGCGGCGCUCCAGAGCCUGUUGGAGUACCACGACUCCUUCAGCCUAGAGGUGGAGCGGGAGCAGUCCAUCCUGGCCCUGCUGGGACAACUCUCUCGCAGCCUCAGAGGAGAGGAAGAGGAGGAGAGGACGAUGGAGAUGAAGACAGAGAAUGGGCAUGAAAAGACCCCAUGGCUGCAGGAAAUCAGAAAUCUGCAGGAACAAUACGACAGCCUCGUGUUGCAGGUUCGGGCCAGCAGAGCUCAGGUUCAACAGGAGCUGAGGGAGAGAGAGGAGGUUGAAAAGGAGCUGGGUUUGGUCAAGGGUUGGAUCCAAGAUACUCGAGGCUUAUUGUUGAGUCCUACAGCAGACCUAGAAUCACUGCUGCAUGAACUAGAGACAGCACAUGGUGAAGUGAUCAGCAGACGUCAGAGUGUGGAGCGUAUGACGGAGCUGCAGCAGUCAAAGUACCAGGACCUCCAAACUGGUCUACCCUCUGAGCUCAGCAUGCAGCUGGCGGAGGUGGCUCUGGCUCUGGGCUCUGCCGAAGACCAGGUCCAGGCGAGGGAAAGGGAGGUACAGCAGACCAGAGAUGUUAAACAGGACUUCAGCUCCAGACUCCAGGACAUUGAGACAAAGCUGAAGACCAUUGCUCUGAAAUUAGAAGACAAGGGUGGCGACCUGGAGGAGGCCAAAGAAGAAACCAAAAUUCUUUGUGAGGAGUGUGAAUGCUGUGGUCGAACUCUAGCAGAGUUAGGAGUAUCAGUGCAGGAGUUUGGAGAGCAGAACCCUCUCCUUUGUAAGCAGCUGGGCAAUGCUGUAGCCAAGUUGACUGAGGUUCAACGCCACACGACACAGCAGGUCCAGGACAGAGCUAACAGACUGAAGAAGGCAGAGAGACAAGUCGAGGAAUAUCAGGGCAUGAAGGCAUUCAUUUUGAGUUGGGCUGAAAAGGCAGAUUCUCUGGUCACUGGUAACAUCAUUUGGAGCUCUGCAUCCCAGCUGCAGGAACAAAUUCGUGCUCAUCAGGCCUUGCUUCGGGAGUGUCGGGGUCUCCAUGGCGACUUGGAAGCUAUGGGCGAGCGGGAGGCGCAGCUGGGUGAGGUGUUACAAACUGAGGGGUGGAGUCAGCAGGUGAAACAUCUGAGCAGGCACACAGAGGAGCUGCAUCAGACGGCCAAGACUCGUCUGCAGAGUCUGCAGGAUGCAGCGAAGGACAUGUUGCGUUUGGAGGCAGAAGUGAAGAGCCUUCAUGGUGCUGUGGACCAGAUCCAGGUCACCCUUGCCUCCCCUGACCUCAACAGGCUCAGCCUCAGGGAGCAGCUCACUCAGAGACAGCGUCUGUUGGUGGAAAUGGAGGGCUUUAAGCAGCAGGUAGCAGCUGUGCAGCAGUGUCAGAGCGCCCUCCGGCUGCCUGAGGAGGUAGUGGUUAGUCUACCUAUCUGCCGCACAGCUCAGAACCUGCAGCAGGAGGCCAGUCAGCUGCAGCACACCACCAUCCAGCAGUGCAACAUCCUGCAGGAGGCUGUGGUGCAGUAUGAGCAGUACGAACAAGAGGUGAAGAACCUCCAGAGAUUAAUAGAGGAAGCCCAUCGCAUCAUUCAGGAUCGGCCCGUCUCUACGAAUAACAUACAGGAACUCCAGGCUCAGAUUCACCACCACGAGGAGCUGGCCCAGAAGAUCCGUGGCUAUCAGGAGCAGAUCGCCUCGCUCCACUCCAAGUGUAAGAUGCUGACAGUGAAGGCCAAACACGCCACCAUGCUGCUGACGGUCAGUGAGGUGGAGGGUCUUUCAGACGGCAUGGAUGAGCUGAGUGAUGAGGAACUGCCCAGUGCUGUGGCCAACACCGCCACUGCCACCACCAAGCAGCUUCCAGCACACCCCUCUGUCGUCAUGAUGACAGCCGGCCGCUGCCACACACUCCUCUCCCCUGUGACGGAAGAAUCAGGGGAGGAGGGCACCAACAGCGAGGUCUCCUCUCCCCCUGCCUGCCGCUCCCCCUCCCCAGGGGCUAACACUGACGCUCCUCUUAACCAGGGUCGAGGGACCCUCAGUCGGGCGCCUCUGCAGGAACUCUAUGACCCGUCUAUGGAGACCAGCGCUGCUAACCUCGAUGACCUACAGAGAUCCUGGGAAACACUAAAAAAUGUGAUCAGUGAGAAGCAGAAGAGUUUGUACGAGGCCCUGGAGAGGCAGCAGCAUUAUCAGGAGUCACUUCAGUCCAUUUCCACAAAGAUGGAGUCCAUUGAGGGAGCACUCAAUGAAGGCCUGGAGCCCACCAAGACGCCGGAAAGCCAGAUGGCUGCUCACCAGGCACUGAUGGAUGAGAUCCUGAUGUUGCAGGAUGAGAUCGGGGAGUUACAGACAUGUUUCUCUGAGGAGUUGGCAGAUAGCGACAGUGAUGGGGAGGCUGGCGACCAGUUGGCUCUGCAGUCUACGCUCACUGUGCUGGGAGAGAGGAUGGCCACCAUCAGAAUGAAGGCUUCUGGGAAACGGCAGCUACUAGAGGAGAAACUAAGCGAACAGUUGGAGGAGCAGCGGCAGGAGCAGGCGCUGCAGCGUUACCACAGUGAGGCCGAGGAGCUGGACCACUGGCUGCUGAGCACUCGCGCCACUCUGAGCUCUGCCCUCCAGCCCCAAAAUGAAGACCUGGACAUGGAGGAGCAGCUCAUCGACUGUCAGAAUAUGCUGUUUGAGAUCGAGCAGAAGGUGUCGUAUCUGUCGGAGCUCUCAGUCCACAGUGAGAGUUUAGUGUUGGAGGGUCGGGCCGAGACCAAAGGAGAGGCGGAGCAGCUCACCCUCAAACUGCGCUCCCUCAAAGACAGUCUGCUGGAGCUACAGCAGAUGCUGCAGGACAAGCAGGUCGACAUACAGGGUUCAUUGCAGGAGCAGGAGGACAGUGAACCAGACUCGUCUCUGUCUCAAAGUCCUAAUGUUCAGGAUUGGCUUUCCCAGGCCAGAUCCACCCGGACACAGCAGCACCACGACAACCUGCUGCGACAGAGGGAGCUGCAAGAGCAAGUAGCUGAACAGAGGAGGCUGCUCCAGUCUGUCGCCAGUGUUGGGGAGGAGUUACUCAGCCAACAGACCACACCCAACGGGGACAGUGAGAUGUCGGUACCAGGUGGAGUGUUGCUGGAGGUGGAGAGUAUGUCUCCUCUGGACCAGUUAAAGCAGCGCUGGGAAAACCUGAAUAAAGAUCAGAGCACAAAACUACAGCUGUCCCUAAACUCCCUGGAACAGGACCAGCUUAGUCCGGUCCUCCACCGGUCCCGUCUGUCCAGUCCUAGCAUGGUGUUCAGAGGUGAGACUUCCAGUGAGGACACUCAGUCUCCCAGAGCUUUGUUUGAGGCCUGCAGUCAUACUCUAGAAAGAAUCGCUCAAGAGGCGGCGAACGGUGACAGUAAGAUGGCGAUGUCUUUGGGUGGAACGACGGUCCAACAGGAUCUGUACGCUGCAGUUUCAGCAGCCUCCUCCUGGUUGGAUACUGCAGAGAAUCAGCUGCUUUCUGGUCCUGUGCUGCUGUCUGAGGACACAGAGACACAGCUCACAAAUCUAGAGGGUCUAAAUAAGCAGCUGAAGAUGAUGACCACUGAGGUCAACGAGUGCAGAGAUCUGCUGAGUGGAGGAGCUGGGCGGCUCUGUGGAGGAGAGGAGCGAGCUUUGAUGGAGGACACUCUGGAGGGUCUGCAGGAGAGGAUGGGCCUCCUGGACUCCACUCUUGAACAGCACUGUGACGGCAUGAGGGACAAACUGCAGGAACACUCCACGUUCCAGAGUGAACUACGGAUGAUGUUUACCGCUUUGAGUGAAAGUAAACACCAACUACUGCAGAAAAUGGCUGGAACUGCAGACAGACCUGCUUCCAAACAAAUAGAGACAUUAUCAGAGGUGGAGGACAGUCUACGGGAGUUUGAGCAGAGAGUCACUGAGCUGAAGGCCAGAUCAGAGGGACUCCAUGCAGACCAAAUCUCUAACCAGGAACUACUGAAACUGCAGGAUGUGUAUGAGGAGCUGGUGUUGAUCGUGGGCUCCAGACGUAGCAGCCUCAACCACGGCUUGUCUCUCAAGGCUCAGUAUGAGGCUGCACUGCACGACCUCACAGACCUGGUGGACACGGCUCAGGACAAGAUGGCCGCUGACCAGAAGAUGACAGUGGCCUCUGUCAUAGAGGUUCAGAUGUUACUGGACAAACACAAAGAAUUCUUUCAGGGUCUGGAGUGCCAUAUGAUCCUCACUCAGACAUUUUUCAGUAAAGUAUCAGGUCUGGUGACACAAAGGGAGACUCAGGCUUUGGAGGAGACGAUGGCUUCAGCCCAGAGUGUGCUCAAACAGGCCCACAGGAGGGGGGUGGAGCUGGAGGGCAUACUGGAGUCCUGGAGUCAGCUUGUGGAGGACUACCAGGCCUUGUGUAGACAGUUGGAGGCUGUGGAGUGCAGUAUCCCAUCUGUAGGUCUGGUAGAGGAGACAGAAGAGAGACUAACUGAAAGGAUCAGCCUCUACCAGCGUCUAAAGGCCAGUCUGACGGAGCAUCAGCCUCAGCUGUACCAGGUACUGGAGGAAGGCAAAAGGCUUCUUCUGUCUGUCGGCUGUUCAGACUUGGAGAACCAGCUGACCCAGCUCGGGGAGCACUGGCUCUCAUCCACCACCAAAGUCAACAAGGAGCUACACCGCCUCGACUCCACCCUUAAACACUGGAGCAGAUACCAGAAUGAGUCAGCAGAACUGAGACAGUGGUUGCAGUCGGCUCUGGACCGGCUGGAGUUCUGGACUACACAGUCGGUGACGGUGCCUCAGGAGCUGGAGACUGUCAGGGACCAUCUGUAUGCCUUCUUAGAAUUUUCCAAGGAGGUGGAUGCCAAGUCGUCCUUGCGUUCUUCUGUCCUGAGCACUGGAAACCAGCUCCUGCGGUUAAAAAGAGUAGAUACAGCUGGUCUGAGGACAGCGCUGGGACAGGUCGACACUCAAUGGGCUGAGCUGCUGACUCGGAUUCCAGUCGUGCAAGAAAAGUUACACCAGCUGCAGAUGGAGAAGUUGGCAUCACGGCACGCCAUCACAGAGCUGAUGAGUUGGAUCUCUCUCAUGGAAAACAUCAUAGAGGAAGACCAGGACAAGAUUUUGGGAGCUGUAGGCUCAGAGGUGGUGCAGAACUUCUUACAGAAGUAUAAGGGCUUCCGCAUAGACCUGACAUGUAAGCAGCUAACUGUGGACUUCGUUAACCAGUCGGUGCUGCAGAUCAGCAGCCAGGAUGUGGAAGGAAAGCGUAGUGACAAAACAGAUUUUGCUGAGAAGCUGGGAGCUAUGAACAGACGUUGGCAGAUACUGCAGGGGCUUAUCACUGAAAAGAUUCAGCUUUUAGAAGGACUUUUGGAAGGUUGGUUGGAGCAUGAAAAUGGAGUCCAGGCCCUGAAGACCUGGCUCACACUACAGGAGGAGAAACUGAAGAAGAGACACAGGAUAGAGGAUGUAGCAUCGGUGCAAAAUGCACUUAAAGACUGUCAGGAGUUGGAAGAAUUAGUGAAGGAAAAAGAGAAGGAUCUAGAGAAAGCAGAGGAACGUGGAAAUGCUCUCAUUCAGGAUAAGAAAGGAAAAGCCUGUUCUGCUGUCAAAGAAACCCUCAAAGGCCUUAACAAGUCCUGGGCUCAUUUGGACCACAUGAUAAGUCAGAUGAAGGUGAGCCUCCGGUCGGUGCUGGAGCAAUGGACGCUGUACCGGCGGGCUGCAGAGGAGAUUAAUGGAUACCUGAUGGAGGGAAGGUACUCUGUGUCCAGGCUGCACCUUCUUAAUGGGUCUUUAGAGGCCGUCCAGCAGCAGGUGGAGAGUCUGGAGAAUCUGCAAGAGGAGAUGGAUAAACAAGAAAGCAGUCUGAGGAAGUUUGGCUCCGUAACACAACAACUACUAACAGAAUGUCACCCAUCUGUGGCGGAAACACUCAACAGAGCCCUUCGGGACGUCAACAUCAGGUGGAACGGUCUACUCGAACAGAUCUCUGAGCAGCUGAGAAGCAGUAAGGCGCUGCUGGCGUUGUGGCAGCGCUACAGGACGUCAUAUGGACAAUGUGUGGCGGCGGUACAGAAACAGGAAGAAUGUGCUGAUCGGCUGCUGAAGAGUGCUACCGACAGGGAGAUCACAGAGGAGGAGAGCAGUGCCUGGAUGAAGGACUGCAAUGCGUGCCUCGGUGACCAGACCUCAGUGCAUCAGUCCCUCCAGCAGCUGCAGGCUUUAGGGGAACAGCUGAAGAGCCAAGUCGACGCCUCGUCCUCGGCAGCCCUCCAAUCAGACCACCUGUCACUCACACAUCGCUUAGCAACACUGGAGCACGCCCUUCACAGGCAACAGGAAAUACUGCAGUUUGGAUCUCAGGCCUGUGAGGGCUUCAGAGAGCAGCUCGACACAUUGAUCGGUAAAGCUGAGGAGGCUGAGGAGGUGCUAAAGGAGUCUGACCCUGUUGGUUCACCAGAUCUUAAUGCUAUCCAGACACGUAUGGAAAAACUAAAGGUUCAUCUGUUGAAGCUCAGCAGCCUCUCUCCAGAUCUGGAGCGUGUUAAUGAUCUGGUGUACAGACUACCAGUCAGUGAUGCAGAUGUAAAACGCCUUCAGAGCCUCAACCGAGCCUGGACCGCCCACUGUGCUCACCUCACUGAGAGGUUCAGUAAACUGCAGGCAGUGCUGCUCCAACAUCAGAGCUUCCUGCAGAAAUGUGAGACGUGGAUGGACUUCCUGUCUCAGACUGAACAGAAGUUGGCUGCUGAGAUUUCAGGCAACUACCAAAGUCUCCUGGAGCAACAAAGAGAUCACGAGCUGUUCCAGGCUGAGAUGUUCAGCAGACAGCAGAUCCUGUACUCAAUCAUCAGUGAUGGACAUCAAAUGCUGGACCAGGGACAAGUGGAUGACAGAGAUGACUUUAGUUUGAAGCUGGCUUUGCUGAGUAACCAGUGGCAGGGUGUGGUGAGGCGGGCCCAGCAGAGAAGAGGCAUUAUCGAUAGUCUGGUCCGACAGUGGCAGAACUACAGGGAGAUGGCUGAGAAGCUACUGCGAUGGCUCCAGGAAGUGAAUCAUGACCCAGACAUACAUCAGGCAGGGGAACCAGUGGCCCUGCAGCAGGCCAGAAACCUGUUAGACCAGAUACAGACUCCCUUAGUUAACUGGUCCCCCCUGUCCCCCCUGUCUCUGUCUCUGCUCCUGCAGCUGAGGGAACGGGUGCUCCAGCGGCAGCAGGGGGGCUACAUCCUGACAGUGGAGGCCGGCAGGAGCCUGCUGCUGUCGGCUGACGCCCGGGCCGAGUCCAUGCUGCAAACAGAGCUGAUGGAGAUACAGGACAAGUGGAGGCACGCCCACCAUCGGCUGGACCAACAGAGGAGGGAGCUGCACGGCCUGCUCAAGAAUUGGGAGCGAUGUGAGAAGGGUAUAGAUGCAUCACUUGAGAAGCUGAGGGCCUUUAAGAGGAAGCUGUCUUUGCCACUGCCGGAUCACCACGAAGAGCUGCACUCGGAGCAAAUCAGAUGCAAGGAGUUGGAGAACAGUGUAGAGGGCUGGACUGAUGACCUCACUUCCUUGUUCUUGCUGAGGGAUGCCUUAGAGGGCGUGGUUAGUGCUGAUGACAUCACUGUCCUUCAGGAACGCCUCCAGCUUCUCCAACGACAGUGGGAGGAAGUCUGCCACCAGCUUUCCCUGCGCAGGCAGCAGGUGAGCGAGAAGUUAAAUGAGUGGGCUGUGUUUAAUGAGAAGAACAAGGAGCUGUGUGAAUGGCUCACACAGAUGGAGAGCAAGGUCUCUCAGAAUGGAGACAUCAGCAUCGAAGAGAUGAUUGAGAAGCUGCGAAAGGAUUACCAGGAGGAGAUCAGUGUUGCACAGGAGAACAAGCAGCAGCUCCAGGUUAUGGGUGAGCGUCUGGCCAGGGCCAGCCAGGACAGCAAGGCGGCCGAGAUCCAACACAAACUCAGCAAAGUGAGCGAGCGCUGGCAACACCUGCUGGACCUCAUCGCUGCCAGGGUGAAGAAGUUGAGGGAAACCCUGGUGGCAGUGCAGCAGUUGGAUAAAAACAUGAGCAGCCUGCGUUCUUGGCUGGCUCACAUUGAGACAGAGCUGUCCAGACCCAUCGUCUACGACACCUGUGAUGACCAGGAGAUCCAGAGGAAACUCAACCAGCAGCAGGAGCUGCAGAGGGACAUCGAGAAACACAGCACCGGUGUUGCAUCUGUGUUAAACCUCUGUGAAGUCCUGCUCCAUGACUGCGAUGCCUGCUCCACGGAGACAGAGUGUGAUUCCAUCCAACAGGCAACCAGAGGCCUGGACAGACGAUGGAGGAACAUCUGUGCCAUGUCUAUGGAGAGGAGACUCAAGAUUGAGGAGACGUGGAGGUUGUGGCAGAAGUUUCUGGAUGAUUACUCCAGGUUUGAGGACUGGCUAAAGACUUCAGAAAGAACAGCAGCUCUGCCCAACUCCUCUGGAGUGCUCUAUACUGUCGCUAAAGAGGAGCUCAAGAAGUUUGAGGCCUUCCAGCGUCAGGUGCAGGAGUGUCUGACUCAGCUGGAACUCAUCAACAAACAGUACCGUCGUCUAGCCCGGGAAAACCGCACCGACUCCUCCUGCCACCUCAAAGAAAUGGUGCAUGAUGGGAAUAGGAGAUGGGAUAGCCUGCAGAGGAGGGUAGCCGCCAUUCUCCGUAGACUUAAGCACUUCAUUGGUCAGAGGGAGGAGUUUGAGACGGCUCGAGACAGCAUCCUGGUGUGGCUGACGGAGAUGGACCUUCAACUCACCAACAUAGAGCACUUCUCUGAGUGCGACGUACAGGCCAAGAUAAAACAACUCAGGGCGUUCCAGCAGGAGAUCUACCUGAACACAGCGAAGAUUGAGAUGGUGUUCAGACAAGGAGAAGCUCUAAUUGAGAAGAGUGAACCUCUGGAUGCAGCUGUCAUCGAAGAGGAGCUGGAGGAGCUGCAGAGAUACUGCCAGGAGGUGUUCGGACGAGUCGACAGAUACUACAAGAAGCUCACACGUCUGCCUUUGGCUGAUGAUGAGCUGGACGGUUCGGACCGGGAGCUGGACCUGGAGGAGGGGGCUGAACUCUCCGAGCUGCAUUGGGGCGACUCGUCUCUGCCUCGGCCGUCCAGCCGUCCAGCCUCAGGCACAACGGCGCUCACCAGGGCCGACCGCUCUGGCCGCGACACACCGGCCAGCGUGGAUUCCAUCCCCUUAGAGUGGGACCACGACUACGACCUGAGCCGAGGCCUGGAGAGUCCUGGAGGACAGAGACAAAGGGACAGGGGUCAAGAACAGGACGAGGAGGAUGAGUAUCUGAGGACGGCGUCUGCAGUGCUGUCAGAUGUAGUUAUUCCAGAGAGUCCAGAGGCCUAUAUAAAACUGACUGAGAACACUUUGAAAUCCUCCUCUGGUGAUCCGGGUCAACUGGAGGCCAGUCUGAGGCAGCUGGACCAGGCUCUGGAUGCAGGUCGGUACCACCUCCAGCAGAGGGAGGCCAACGCCAACCGCUCCAGCCCAGACAUGGACUCCGUUUACACAGGCUACAUGCGUCUGAUGUCGGAGUGUCGUGACAGCAUAGACAAAGUUAAAAGGGCAGAGGGAGAACUGACGGAGGAUGAGGAUGAAAUGCCUGGACUCACCAACCCCAGUGGCCCAGACACACAGGGUUCAGGUGUGAUCGAGCGCUGGGAGCUGAUCCAGGCUCAGUCUCUCAGUGACAAACACAGGCACAAGCAGAACCUGCAGCAGUGGCAGCAGCUGAUCUCAGAUCUGCAGACCACCAGGGCCUGGUUGGGUCAGUCUGAGGCCGAACUGAGCCAGCUCCGAGGGCUGCACCUGAGCACCGACAUAUACACCAUCCAGCAGCGAAUCAAGAGGCUCAAGGAACUGCAGAAAGGGAUGGACGGCCACAAGUCAGAGGUCCUGUCCAUCAAUCUGAGGAGUGCAGAUUUCCUCCAAUCAGAGCCCGACUCUGAGGAAGCCUGGAAGUUGAGAGACGGCCUCAAAGAGAUGAACUCGCGCUGGGAUCGACUGGGUUCGUCUCUGGAGGACUGGAGGGAGGAGCUGCAGAGGGCGCUGAUGCAGUGCCAGGAGUUCCAUGAGAUGAGUCACGGUCUGCUGCUGUGGCUGGAGAACAUCGACCGCAGAAGGAACGAGGUGGUGCCCAUCCCUCCUAAAGUGGACCGUGAAACGUUACGAGCUCAUCACAAAACACUGACACAAAUCAAGCGGGAGCUGCUGGACUCACAGCACAAGGUGUCGUCCCUUCAGGAGCUGUCGAGCCAGCUGUUGGUCAACACCAAACCUCCCACUCUGCUGCUCCAGUCUCAGACCUCAGAGAAGAUCCAAGUCCAGGGCAGCGAGUGUCUGGAGGCCCAGGAGAAGGUCCACGUGAUCUGGAACCGGCUUCGGCUGCUCCUCAGAGAGGUCAGCUCAGACCUGGAGGGACUGGAGAGGAGACUGGAGGCCAUGGACACACAACAGGAUUUCCUACCACUGUCUCUUGGUAAACUGGAGGUGUGUGAGUCCGCUGAUCCCGUUUCCGAGGUGACCGUCCACCGCAGACGACUGCCCCGAGGCAAAAGUAGUCAGGCCCACCCAGGACACCCUGAGAGCAGACUGCGCCACAGCCGGGGCAGAUCACCAGGCGCCGCUGGCUGCGUUUCCUCCCAUUCUGACCUCCCAGAUUCUGUCUCUUCCUCCUCCUCCUCGUCAAAGGGCCAGUCCUUCCUGCUUCGGGUCCUCCGUGCUGCCCUCCCCGUCCAGCUGCUCCUCCUACUCCUCAUCGGUCUGGCCUGUCUGGUGCCGAUGACGGAGGAGGACUACAGCUGCCACCACGCCAACAACUUCGCCCGCUCCUUCCAUCCGAUGCUGCGCUACACCAACGGACCUCCGCCCAUAUGAGCAUCACAUACACACCCACCUGUUGCUUCGCCAAGGACUCCACUGACUCCUGUGAAUGUUUCCUUCACCCCCGUGCCCUAAAGCUACAGACUGUCCCUGUUGGGGAAGCUACAUGCAUUAUGAAGUGAAUCAGAGGUGAUAUGAAGACUCACUAACAUUGCACACACACUGUCCUGAAAUCACCUCUACCCUUUAACCCCCACACUCCAGAAUGAACGGACCUACACCUGGAGCACCCCUGCCCAAAUAUUUCAUGUUGUUUGAAUUCUGUUUUAACUUAAAUGUGUAUAUUAUUUUUUAAGGUUUCUGAAGAAACCAGUGAAAUCAAUGAAAAGCAAAGCACUAUUUAUAUACUGUACGUUGGGAGCCAAAGUCGACUGUGCUUUUUGUCCAUGAUAUCCAGUGCUGCUAUUAUUUAUUUAGUGUUCAAUCAGUUCAUAGAUUGUUAGUAAUGAAGCUAAAGCGCCACCUUCAGAGUGGGGUAUUGUACCUGUAAAUUGUAGAGUAGAACUGCAGUUAGAGUAGCAAUCAUUCAGUCUUAGAUGUGAAGAGUUUUGUUCCAAAACAACACAUUUCAGUCGUCGUGACUCAGACACGACGACUGAAACAGCACAGAAACAAAAACUCAAGUAUUCUCUGAAGGACUUGAGGUAGCUUAAUAGUUUUUUGCUCCACACAUCUCUGCUAAAAAGUUGGAAAUGAAGUCUUCGUUUGAUGCUGAAUUCUGAAGCUAAAGCACUGAGAGCACUGUUGAAGGUACUGCACUGAAGCCGUCCAGCCAAGAUGGCCGACUUCUUUCCCCAAAAGCCAAGGCUUCUAUUCCUGUUUUUAACUUCAGUAUUUAAUCAUCUGGGGAUAAAUAUGUGGGAAAAAACACAUAUGAGAUCUCUUGUUCAGAAUAAGUAAUUUGUAUAUUAAUGUUGAAAUGCCCUUUAAAUAUAGGGCAGGGCAGUUAUUUUUUUAUCUGUUUGAGCAUGCACUUAAAAGUCCCUUUGCUUUUAAGAAGCCAAACAAUCACUGGUAGUGUUUAAGUUGACGGCUGUGAUAUUCAGAUAGUGUGCUUUGUAAUAAUGGUAAGAAUUAUUCCGCUGUGAUGACACAUCAGAAUCACUGCGUUGUUAAACCAGAAUCUGUUACAAAAAAAAAAAAAAGAAA